UCUGCAGUCAGCGAGUGGUCGGCGUACAGUGCGGUGGAGCAGCUUAAAACGCGCGGGAUUACCCCCCUCCGCCUGUAUAUUCACACACAAACGAGGUAAUCCAUCAGAACCUUGUCAGUUGUGGCACAUCUUAUUGGUCAGUCCACAUGGGACUUUCUAGUGCGACGGAAUAAAGGCGAUGGUUUAUGACAAUGAAUCACAGAGACAUUUUGACAAAACGGUCAAAUGACAUGUUGUGAUCUUCAAUAAACAAUCCUAAACUUUCUCGUAAACAUUAGAUGUCUACAUUAAGUGUUCUAAUUUUAUGCAUCUAAUUAAAAAUAUCACAUGUGUUAUGCACAAUAAAUAUGAAUUUAGCUUUCCAUAGCUGCAUCUAGUUGGUAGAUAUUUAAUAAACAUUGUGAGAGUAGUAGUUGCUUUUGGUUUCGUUUUAGGUAACCUAAUAAAUUACUGGCAGUGUCAAAUGAACCAAGUUUUCGUAACAGCAUUUUUGUGGCAAACAGAAAGACGAAAGUUUAAGGGCAACAAUUUUAACAAUGAUAUUAUCGUGGAUGUUCGAAGUGGUUUUGAUGCCGUCAUGUAGUGGUAAUGGACACACGUGUCUGUCUGUCUACGCGACAGGAUAAUACUCAUCAACUUUUGCCCAGUGCUGUGUAUGUGACGUAAUGUUUUGCAUAUUUAGUGUUCCUUCGUGAUUAAUACCAGUGGCAUCAACUACAGACAAAGGUGAAAAUAUAUUUGUGUGUUGCUGUCGGGAGUAGUAAUUCAACACUGUUCAUACAUCAGUUCUUCUUUUACACUCCUUCCGCGUUCCAUGUGUUCAGUGUUCGACUAAAUAAAAAUGUUUCCUCUUCAGCUUGUUCAACAACAAGUGACUACGAAUCCUAAGAGUUAGUCUUUUUUCCCUUCACGAUAACGUGACAGUGGAAACAUUCGCAUGACAAGUGAAGUGUUAUAAAGGCUUCAGAAUUACGAGCAGCGUUUGUCAGUUGUCAGCACGAAGCAAACUGCACACAGAAACAUGAGACUGCUGUUCAAGGCCGAGAACCACGCAGUGGGCGGUCGCAACCCUUUCGCGUGGACACUCAGUUGGGUGCUGAUGUGGCUUCAACUCUGCAUGGCUUUUGGUGCAGAUGGCGUGACAGUACUCCCACCUUUGCACCAUCAUAUGAAGAGGUUCAGUGGUCUCUACACGGGUCCUUACUUCGAUCCUGCAACCACUACCAACAUAACAACACAACUUGGCACACACGCUUAUUUGCCCUGUAAAGUGAAACAGCUUGGUAACAAAUCGGUGUCGUGGAUUCGCAAGCGAGACGCGCAUAUUCUCACAGUGGACCGCUACACGUUCAUCGCCGACGACCGGUUCCAGGCGUUCCUGGUAGAGGCAACGGAUACGUGGACGUUGCAGAUAAAGUACGUGCAGGCGCGCGACGCAGGGCAAUAUGAGUGUCAGGUCAGCACAGAACCGAAGAUGAGUCACUUCAUCACGCUCAAUAUCGUCGUGCCGAAAAUUGAGAUCAUGGGUGAGUCUGACAUCUAUGUAAAGACCGGAAGCACUGUGAACCUGAAGUGCGUAAUUACACAGUCUCUGGAGGAGCCAGCUUAUAUAUUCUGGUACCACGACAACGAGCGAGUCCUCAACUACGAUCCCAGCACCAAAGACAUCAGGAUGGAACGAGUGGGUCCUGACACAACUAUUGGUACACUGAUCAUCUACGACGGGCGACGGGAGGACUCGGGAAAUUACACGUGCAGUCCAUCAAACCUCGACUCCGCGUCUGUGCUUCUGCACGUGCUCAAUGGGGAACAUCCGGCUGCAAUGCAACGAGGGAAGAAUGCUGCUUCGCCAAUCCCCGGGCGCUGGUGGAGCCAUCUGUCCGCGGGUCUUGGGCUUAGCGCCUGCCUUCCGCCAAGAACUGCUGCCAUAGCAGUGAUUCUUCUUGGGCUGGCUGGCCACGCACUCGUUUGGACCGGCACAUAGGCCGAAACGUCGUGCGACCCCAACCAGGGAGGAAUAAAAUUGGAUAAUGUAAUAAAUCGGUGAAUGUAGUGAGACUGUCUGACGUACGAAUGAAUAUUAAGGUAUGUAGGUUUUGUGACUUUACAGUUUUCCUCUCUUCUGUAGUGAGCUUUAUGAAAAUAAGUUGUUUAUGUACUCAUCCGUUGACGUCUGAUAAGAUUAUCUGGAAGCAGUUCGUUUAAAGAUUUCGUAUAAGUCUGUGGGUUCUUAGUGAAAUGAAAACGCGUCAAACCUAUUAAAUUAUUAACAGCAUGUUGGUGAAUUUUUUAUAAAUUUAUUUUAAUUGAUUUUUUCAGUGACUGUGUUGUCAUCAUAACUGAACUUAUCCUUAAUAAUGUCACACUGUGAUUCGGUUAGAGUUAAUUUCAUGGAUUUAUUCUUUCAUUAAAUUCCGGUGGGAUAUUGCAUAGAUUUUUAGAUAUAUUCACUCGGUAUUUUAAUUCUAGUGGUUAAAUUACUUAAAAUAAGUUACUUUGAUGCUUUUAAAUUUCCUUCAGGGAAUUAGUAUCUGAUUUGGGAGGGUCUGAGAAAAUUAUAGACUCAAACAGGCAUUUUGUUUAGUUAUUACCAGUUAUUUUAAGAAGUACAAGGUAAUUGUUUCGUGUAAGAAGAUUUGAAUGCAAGCUAAAGCCACGUCAAAUAAUACUAUGAAGAUUUAAGUAAAUAUCGUGUUUGCGUUUUACAAUCUGCCUGUUAAAAUAUUGUUCUGAGUUGUACGUUUUCAGAUUAGGAGUUAGGAAAACUGUACUGGGCGUGUAAGUUGCGGAUAUGUGACGUUCAUGAUUGAAAGGUGUUGAAAAUAUUGACGUGAGGCCAACAGACGGACAUUUCAGGUAAAAGCUUAGAAACAAACAAUAUGGCCGCUUUGCUCAUGAAUAUUAAAAAGUUGUAUACCUUGGAGUGUUAAUUGAAGGCCUAUAUCCAAAAAUAUUUCGUUAUUUGAUAACGAAAUUUUGAAAGAUAAAUAUUAUUUGAAAACGUCUUUGCUGUUUUUCUCCGGAAUAGGGUGUUUUACGUUUAAGAGUUGCAAAAGAAGUAUUUUUAAAGAAGUGUAAAUAUGACAUAUAACACAUCUAGUCUAAGUGUAAGCGCUAUGUUAAUUUUCCGUUACCAGUUUUUAUUUAUAAAAUAUUUUAUUCAAAGAAAAGACUUAAUUAAUAUGGGUAACAGUGCACUGCUAUAAUACGGAUUCAAACGCCGUGGUUAUUUCUGUUCUACAGUACGUGUUGUGUUCAUAACAACUAUGCGUUUAUGUACGUCUUAGUGUGGACAUUUUAAUACCAAGACACAGACUGAAAAGCAUAGCACAUGAAACUGUGUGAAAAUACGAUGUAUUUGUUUAUAUUGGUACCUAAGAAAAACAAAUUCGAAUGUACGAAAGUAUUUCGAAAUACCCCUUUGUGUAAAUACGACAAAAAUACCAUACAUUAAAAAAGGCUUGCAGCACACGACAAUUGCAUCCUGAAAGUGACUUCUUUUCCAAGAACCGAUCUUACGUUUUCUAACAUUACUCUGUCGUGUUUAUUAUAUAAAAAUAGUCUCAAAAUCUGAAUAAAUACAUUGUCAUUUAACCCCGUUACAGUGCCAACACUAAGUAAAUGGUAAAUGUGAGCUCACGAAAUCUCCUUUUUUAUUCGACUUUUAUGGCCUGGAAUAUUAUGGAUGGAUAACUCCCGAAAUAUUUUGUAAAAAUCAUAAACGAACCAUGAGAACUGUGUAUAAACAAACAACGCAUAUUGGACUCAGAAUUCAGCACACUAUCCUACAAGCUAGUAGUGGUUUUUAUUAAGUGCGAUAAUUCUGCAGCUAUCGAUGAGAGACAUUCGCGCGUGGUUGUCGAUUUAACACAUACUAGUAAUGAACACAACGCAACGCGCGAUGAUACUCUGUGACUAUUCAGCAAAUUAAACGUGGCAAUUACCAUUGACAGUGGUGGUCUCAAGAAAAUGUAUAGUAAUCACAUUUCCCGAAGAAAAUUACUGACUGCAUCUAUUAUAUAAACGUACAUCCUGUUUGCCCAAAGCGCUGUCUCUUCCUCCCUUCAGUUCUGACACCCUUCCUGUAGGGUGAAAAGUGUCAUUUUAGUGAUGAUUGUGAUUACUGUGUGGUAAUUAUUGUUAAUGAUUACUUAAAAAUAUAAGACCAUUUACUAUUAAUAAAUAUUAAGAUUAUACCUUCACUCCAA